AGAGCUGGAGGGAGGAAGAUGAGCUGCAGCAGGUACCCCAUGGAGGUGAAGGCUGUGGGCUUGAUGCAAUGCAGAAAGCAGAAGAACUACAUGAUGGUUGUGUCUUGGUCAGAUCAGAACAACAUUCUCAUCUACAGGACGUUUGAAGACUUUAAGAGAUUCCAUAAAGACCUGAAGAGAAAAUUCCCCCUCGAGAGUGGCUCACUCAGGAGAUCUGACAGGACAAUCCCCAGGCUUAAAGAAGCCAAAGCAAAGCAGAGGAUGAGUGGGAAGCUGGACAAGUGCUUGGAGAUCCUGAAACUGCUGGAAACUUACUGCCAGGAGCUGCUGAACAAGGAUGCUAAAAUCUCCCAGAGUGAAGAUGUGGUUCAGUUUUUCAAGGCACGGACACAAGACCUGGAUCCCUCUUUUCCUGAGAACAGCGUGGUCAUCAUGCCAUCAGAAAUUGGAGGGGAAAAGAAAAACCAAUGUGGGCAGCAGCAGCUCCCCUCCAUCACCCACCCCCAGGUGUCCCAGAGCUACAGGUGCAUUGAAACCUUCGAAACCAAAGACACCAAGAACAAAGCUUUCAAAGUCGCCAAGAAGGAAAUUGUGGAAGUGUUGAUCAAGGAUAUGACAGGGUGGUGGCUAGUGGAAAAUGCAGACAAGCAGCUUGCCUGGUUCCCAGCCUCAUACCUGGAAGAGCUUGAUGCCCACAAGGACAUCCAGAGUGCCCUGAGCUCCAAGGAAGAGGGGGGCACUCUGUACUUCGUGGCACGGCCCUACGAGUCCCAGAAGGCAGAUGAGCUCUCCCUGAACAACGGGGUGGUGGUGGAGGUGGUCAGGAGGUCUGAUGAUGGCUGGUGGCUCAUCAGGUACAAUGGCCACACUGGCUACAUGCCCUCCAUCUGCCUCCAGCCCUACAAGAACCCUCACCACAAGCUCCAGACCAUCAUAACUUGUGGGAUCAACACCUCCACCCCCAACCUCUGCUCCUCCCUGGGGGUUCCCCAUCCCCGGGGUGAGCAGGGAGGACAGCACAGGCUGCAGCCUGGCUCUUCCCUGGACCAGACUGAAGAGGAUGGCAGCUCUCUGAGAAGCAGUCCAAGGUCUCUGCCCAGGGCCAGCUCCAGCCCAGAGCUGGAGUCAGACAGUUUGUCCCUCAGCUCAGGGAGCAGCAGGGAGCAGGACCCCCAGCUCAGCUGGCAGCCUGACUUCUCCAGAUCCCUGCCUGACGUGGAGCAGCCCAGGAGCUCUCUUGCCCCUGGGGACACCUCGGCCACGCAGAGCAGCAAGUCCCCACGCCUCACCCACAAGGACAGGAAAGAUUCAGGCUUCGUGGAGUCCUCUGCAGCUGAUUUCAGUCCCUCCCUCACUGACCCAGACUCUGCCACCGGUGUCCCCAAGGUGCCCACGCGGCCCUCGGCCCACGAGAUCCUCCAGAGGUGCACCACUGUCACCAAGAGAGCUGUGCAGCAAUCUUCCUCCUCCUCCUCCUCCAGGCCAGCCCCCUCCCCAGCUCUGCUCCCUCUCCCCAGUGUGCAUUAAUGUCCCCUGGGAGGCACAGACCCAGCCCUGGGCACCCUCACCCACCCAGUCCCCCCAGGAGCCAUGGGCAGGGUCAGGGCUUUCCCAGAUGAUCCCAGAUCCUGAUGAAAACACACA